CACAAACGGCUAAAAAGAUAGUCUAUAGUGAUCUGUGGCUGAAGUAAUCGAAGUGGAAGUGCCAUUUGCCAAGCAGGCAAUACAUUUUUACUCCACAAGUCCAGUUAUUUUUGUGUUUUAAUCUUAUAAAGUAGUGUGACUAGUUCAGUGCUCAGUUGUAUCACAAAAUACUAGUUUACAUAAAGAGUGCAUUUAUAAGUUAAUUUAUAAAAUGAAUCCCUACCAAGGUCAACCGCGUUACCUACACAAUAUCGGGUUUAACAACGCUGCGCCACAGUCGUUCGGCAACCCCAUGCCUAUGCCCGGCCUUCCCACCAUGGGUUACCCAGCGCCGCAACCCGGUUACCCUAACACAGGGUCCGGGUAUCCACAGGCUGGAGGGUACCCUAAUCAGGGCCAACAGGUAUAUCCCCAAACACCUUCGAGCUAUCCCAGCCAAGGCUAUCCGAAUACUGCUCAAUCCUAUUCCCCAGCUCAAGGAUACCCAAGCGCUCAAUCUGGGUAUCCCCAAAGUCAAUCAGCUUAUCCUCAAAGUCAUUCAGCGUAUCCUCAAACCCAAUCAGCGUAUCCUCAAACUCAGUCAGCGUAUCCUCAAACUCAAUCAGCGUAUCCUCAAUCCCAAAGUCAUCAAUCACCUGCUGGGUACCCACAGCAGGGACACCAAUCAAAUCAGUAUCAGGGAUAUCCACCAACAAGGCAAACUCACCAAGCGUACAGUACAUCAAGCCCAGUGCAUAGUGUGCCGAAGUCUAAGCCCACGGUAGUGCCUGUAAACCCGUUCGACCCGCGCGAAGAUGCCGCCGUCCUCCGCAAGGCGAUGAAAGGAUUCGGAACGGACGAGAAAGCGAUAAUACAAGUGUUGACUCGCAGGAGCAAUGAGCAACGAUUGCGGAUAGCCUUCGAGUUCAAGACUCUGUACGGAAAGGACCUUAUUUCGGACCUCAAAAGCGAGACCAGCGGCAAGUUCGAAGACCUCAUAGUGGCACUGAUGACCCCCCUGCCGCAGUUCUACGCCAAGGAGUUGCAUGACGCCACAGCGGGGAUCGGCACAGAUGAGGAUGUGCUCAUCGAGGUCAUGUGCACCAUGUCCAACCACGAGAUCAUUGUUAUCAAACAAGCUUAUACUGCAAUUUACGGAACUCUGCUAGAGGAUGAUUUGCGUGGUGACACGUCAGGAAACUUCAAGAGGCUGAUGACGUCACUCAGUAUGGGUAACAGAUCAGAAGAUUUCCACGUAGAUCAAGGGCGUGCAAGGGAAGACGCUAGAAGCUUGUUGCAAGCAGGUGAACUACGUCUCGGCACAGACGAAUCAGUGUUCAACGCAGUGCUCUGCUCGCGGUCGUUCCCGCAGCUGGCGGCCAUCUUCCAAGAGUACCAGUUCCUCACCGGACACGACAUCGACGACGCCAUCAAGUCGGAGUUCUCCGGUGACCUUGAGAAGGCUCUUCGGGCUAUAGUGAAAGUGGUUCGCAACAAGCCGCUGUUCUUCGCCGAGCGCCUCCACAAGUCGAUGAAGGGUUUGGGCACCAACGACCGGCAGCUCAUCCGCAUCAUGGUGACCCGCUGCGAGGUGGACCUGGGCGACAUCGCGGACAUGUUCCAGUCCAAGUACGGGGAGUCGCUGCAGAGUUGGAUCGAGGGCGACUGUUCCGGCCACUACAAAAAGUGUCUUCUGGGUCUGCUCGGACUCUAUUAGGCGUGACGUCACAAUUUUUUCUCUUUAAGUAACUAUACUUUUCAUGUGUCAGUGAUAAAAUAUAAUUGUCGUAAUAUUUUUUUUUUUUAUAUUCAAUGUUUUUACUUUACUCUUACAUUUUAAGGUUUACAUACUGUGUCUUAUGAUGUCUUUAUAGCUGUAAGGGCAAAACGCAAAAGUUUUUGUGCAUUUUGAAAAUUACAGUCUCGGCACGAUACAGCGGCCAUUUUUACAUCGCUUAUGAAAUUGAAUAAUGACGUUUAAAAAAACAAUUGCCGUAUUUUGAUUUCAGUUAAAUUCGAUAAAUAAUUUUCAUACUUAUUUCGUGUGGAUCUCGUCGAUAUACGUCCUAUACUGAAUGUUCAGAGAAAUCUUUUUACACAUAUUAAUUAAUCUUUUUCUAUAUUGUCCAACUACUUAUAACUGGCGAAGAUAUAUAAUAUUUGGUGUUACUUGACUGUUUUCUUUUAUAUUAAAAAUUGUUCUUAUUGUGCCGUAUAAAUUAUAAAGUUAAUAUGGAGUUCCUAUGUCAAUUUCCGGACAGCAAACUUUGUAAUUAUAGAAAUUACUCAAAAAUAUGACUGAAUGAUAUAAUUGUAUGAAUAUACAAAUCCUGGGACAGUAAAAAAUAAUGAAAACUUAUUGCUCAUGGAUUGAUCAUAACGAAUUUAAAUUGCAAAAAAAUAUAUAUAAAACACAAAGAUACAUUUUAAAAUACUAAAAUUAAGGAAAUUGAAUAAGCAUUGUCUUUAUAUAAAAAAAUAACUAAGACUGUAAUACUUUAUGGUCCGUAGGGCUAAUCGAAAAAAAAAAACAUUUAGCCUAGUUUUAGUUAAUUCUGAUAAUGAAUACAACUGAAAAAAAAAUAUUAUUAUUGAUACCUAUAAAUUGAACUAAACUUAAAAUACCUGCACAAUAUAUAAGAUAUAUUUAAAUGCGGUUAUAUAAAAAUUAUGUACAUUACUUUUUUUCGUAAUGGUCAUGAAAUAAUUUAAAAUUAAAAAACAAAAUUUUGAAUUGUAAUGAAAUACGUGACAUAAUACUGUAAGUACUGAAUAAGGUUAUGCUAUCCUAUAUUGUCCAGUGUACCAGUGCCUUUAUAUUACUUAUAUGUACAUCUACAGAUGAAUUUUAACUAUUAUACAUAUAAUACAAUAAAAAAUAUAGAUUUACUAAUUGAUAUAAACCCCGUAUUUGACCCGUAUUCAAAUGACCAUAGUCUGACUUCGAUUUGAUUUAAAAAAAAAACGUAUAUAUAAGAUAUAUUCAAAAAUAUUAUGUAUAUAAAAUAUAUUUCUGAAUAUGUCUUUACCACCUGUCGAAUUAUCGAUUUGGGAAAAUACGAUUAAUUUAUUAAGAUCGAUGUGGUUUGAAAUUGUCUGAAUUCCACGUUAAUUUAGACUACAUUAAUUUUGCAAUAUCAUUAAUAUAUACAUAACAUCAAAUGCAUUUAUAUAGUAAAAUACUUCAGCUUUCAAUAACAUUAAAAUGCCCCAAACUUAAGUAAAAAAAAAAAUAACGCUCUGUGUCUAACGCAGCAUUGAAACCCAAAGAUAAUAUUUAUUAUAUAACAGUAAUGUUAAAAAAUGUUCAUCUAGCACAUUACAGUACAGAGUGAUUCAAAUAUUAUUAUGAUUGACCCCACGAUAUUUUGAACUAUAGACAUGUUACGUGCCGAAAUCACCGCAAAAAGCGAUCCGAAAUUGGCUAAUCACUGAGCGCACAACUACACAAUUUUGUGUUUACUUACAUUGUGUAUUUAUGUAAUACCAUAAUUAGUUUUUGCAUUUUCUGAACACAUAACUCGACAUGAACAAUAUGUAAGUAUUAUUUGUUUAUAUAACUUUCUUUGUUUACUAUGCAACUAAAUGAAAUUAAGACAAUUAGCCUUUGUGCGCCUCAGUUUCGACGUGACAUAUCUAUAAUAUAAAAUCUUUGGUGAGACCGCAUAUACUUUGAAUCUGAUACAUAAAUGAAAGUGGAACUUAGGAACGCGUAGUGUUGAAGCAUGUGUAUAACUCUUUUUUUUCUCCUAUUUUGUAAAACAAAAAGAAAAAUAAUCUCUCUUUUGUUUCGUGUUUAUCAAUUUCUGUCCAUAAAAAUCUUACUUACAAUGUGCGAAGGUCAUCGAUCUCCUAUUAAAAAGUGGAUGCACAAUCGGCAACCAAGAAACGUGCCCACUCAAUGAGUGCCUAACACAACUUCUUGGCACUCAAUUCAAGAAGUCGCAUUUGCAAAUUCAACUUUAAACUCAAUGCUUAAGGUUGAAUUGGCUCUGAAUUUGUGAUUUUAUUGAAUUUUGGACUAUAUUUCCAGGUCUAAUUUUCUUUACCAAUAAUUCUAAAACUGUCAAAGCAAAAUUGGCCAGUUUUUAAGUGAAAUUUUCUACAUUAUUGUGCGUCCUUUUAUUAUAAGAGGUCAUUGGCGAAGAUAGAAAAUUUAGUUUUUUUUAUAAUUUUUUUUUUUUAUAGACUCUCUUAUGAAACGCUUCUAUUACUAAAUAUUUACACAAGAAAAUACAGGAGAUUAACUCGACAUUGUUGAGAUUAGUUUAACCACAUUUUCUAUUUUGAAUCUCAUUUCUAUUCUUGUUAAUUCAUUGAUAAAUAUUUUACUAUUAUGCUGAUUGGUAAGAAUAAAAGUAUUUUUUUAUUAAUGGUUAAUGUUAAGUCAGUACUAUACUGUUGUAUAAUCUACGAAGUAAAUGAAAAAUUGAAUUAAUUUUAUGAUAAAUUUUAUAUUAACUAUUAUUUAUUACAAAUUGUUUUAAACAAAUUUGGAUUGUAUAAUUUCGUUAUAUUGAAUAAUUCAAUAUUAAUUAUAUUUCUGUGCGUAGAUUGUCUGAUAUGCUUAUAUAUAUUAAAAUGUUAUAAGAAUUAGGCCGUAAACGCUUAGCCUUAGGCUUUAUUGGCGGUUAUACAAAUUGUAUGAAUCUAAAGUGCUAUAUGAGGCCAACAAUAAGUUUUAUAUAACAAUGUUAUGCAUUAUUGCUGAUUAUAUACUUAAAGUUGUAUUGAUGUCUAAUAAAUGUUCUUGUCUCAG